CCGAUAUAACCGAAUCUAUCGGUGCGUUAUCCUUAUCUGUUAUCAGUAUAUGAAAAAGUCGGUGUCUGAGCUGACGGGCAAUCAAUAGCAGCGAAAGUGUCAGUGCUCACACAUCAGCUAGUCCAUCAGUGCAAUGGCCUAUAUCACUAUAGCACUGGUAGCAGUGCUGUUAGGGGCUCAGCAAGCUCUCGCUGUCGACGGGGUUAUCAAUAAAUAUGAGCCCAGUCUCACGUUCGUAGAUCCCAUACCUGAUACACUGGCAGUAAAGGGAACAGUCACAAUUACCUUCCAGGUGGCGACUGCGUCAACAAGUAUGGACCUCACCCUGUACUGGGGAUCCUCUCUACGAACUAGUCAAACUGAUACUACUGACUCUACCAAGCCUGACGAUAGGGAUCUGGGAAAAGUAAUGAGCACUGGUACUGGUGCAGCGGCGGUUGGUACAGCGACCACUAAAUUCGAAUCCACAACUGGCAAAUUAACAAUCACAGCAACGUUCACUACUGCUGGUUCUGCUACUACGUUCACAGCCAACACCGAUUAUCAAUUGACGAUCACAUACAAUACAGUUCUGAGGAAGGACAUGAAGGGAUUGUUCUUGCAGCAGAUAAAAAAUAAAGACGGAUCCACGAGCAAUCUGAUAGGGACGGACAUGCUGCCAAUGUACGCCCGUGAGGUGUUUCCUUACGGAGAAGUCCUUCCUACAAAUUCUAUCCAGCUGAAAAUCACAGGACCAGCACCCUCGACAUUUAUCGCUUUAUCUUCAACCACGCUUGAUAGCAUAGGUACUUCGCAGUCGGCAACCUUACAACUGACUAAUCCAAAUUUCUACGGGUUCGCAAUGGGUAGCGGUAUGACGAACUUAAAACCAACAACUACAGGAUACACCACUGUUCUUAACUUUUAUGUACGCAAAGAUGAUGAUACGACGACUUACCAACAGCAUGUCGACUUCCUGGCCAACUUGUAUUACCAGGCUGAAACUCUCGUGGAUUUAGUUCAUCCUUUGAAGAAACUCAGCAUCGUCUUUGUACCAGACCUACCCAAGCCCACUGCAACUCUUGGCAUAAUUUACAUCAGAGAUGAUGUAUACUACAGUGACUACAGCAGCCCUCUGUCCGAAGGGCGUUAUAGAUCUCUGGUAGUUCCUGUUCUACACGAGUAUUUCAGACAGUUCACACACUUCAGUGCUCAACCCAAAACCUGGGAAGACGCCUGGUUGUCUCAAGCUAUGGCGACAUUCCUCAAGUACACUCUUCUCAACAGUAAUGACUCACCCUUCGACUUCAAGACUGAUAUGGAUGUGGUUGCUCGUCAAAUGGCCUUAGCAAUGGACUCGAUCUCCGUCGCCAAUCCCCUACAAUCAUCAACUCCUGCUACCACGAGAUCCGUUAUUGAAGCCACUCUUAUGGAUCCCUUGAAGGAUCUAAAAGGUGCAUACUUGCUAACAAUGGCCGACCUUUCAUUCCCUGCUGGGGUUGUGUUGUCUACCAUCAAAAACUUCCUCAGUGCAAAACCACUGACAGCGGUAUCAUCGUCAGACUUCUUCACCGCUCUGUCCACCGCAGUGGCUAGUACAUCCACGUCCACAGCUACGGUCAACCUUGCAGCAAAAGCGUUCAGCGCAUGGUCCAGUUACAUAAGCUACCCUCAGGUCACUCUGUCCACGUUCACGAGCACCUCACUUAUUCCCGUACUAAGUUUACCCAAAACUAAAACGGAUUCUGAUGGUAAACUUGCAAGCUACUACGUACCUGUGACUGUCGGCUCCAAGAGUGAGCCUCGCUCUUAUUAUCUGCGGCAAGGCGUCUGGAUCACGGGGACUGCGGCACAGAGCCCCAUCCCUCUUACCAUCGGAGUUGGAACUGACUGGGUGAUCGCCAACCAACACUCUAAUGGAUACUACCGAACCAACUACACAGACAACUCUGGCUGGAAGAUCCUCUCCGAUGCUCUCGCCUCUGGGGACACAACCCUCAAGGGCUACACUCACAUAAUUGAUGAUGCCUUCGCCUUCUCAGCUCCCAGCAAAAACUACCCUUUCAACUACAGCGUACCCCUGACCAUGUCCGUGAGCCUACUGAAGAACAAAGAGAAGCUUUUCAGGAACUGGUUCCCAGUUUAUAACGGACUUUCAAAGAUCAAUGACAAUAUCUGGGAGCAGACCGAAUACACCGAUUUCAAGGACUUUAUGACGACCUACCUGCAGAAUCUGAACACACUGUUGGAAAGCGGAACGCUGGAUGACUUUGAAAAAACUCGUAUUUCAUCAUUGUUUUACGAUAACUUUUGCACUUUCAACAUCGGAAACUACCGACAAUACGCACAGGGCAACGUGUCAGACAUCUUGAGUGGCAAGCAGCCGGCUCUGGUACCAUCCUCGAGCUACGACAGUCUUGUGUGCUGUGCUGCGCAGAAUUCUGGGUCUCUCACAGCGCAGAAUCUGUGGACCACUAUCACCACUUCUACCAACAGCCACUACAUCAAACACUACAAUUCCAUCGCCUUGGGUUGUCUCUCUAACUACGAUGACAUCGCCAAAUUGUUCCCUUCAGUAGUGAAAAGUGACGCAUCUGUAUCACCGUACAUCUACACAUCGCUGUGGUAUCUAGCUGACAAGCAACCGGAGAAUCUUCUCAAUUCCCUUAUAGCACUCGACGAUAAGCAAACAGCAACAGCUGUAUAUCUGCAACAAAUAGUGGGCGCUCCUGCAUUAGCCAGUCUUGUCUCAAAGAUGUCGUCUAAGCUGAGCAAGUCGACAAAUGCUGAUAAUCUCAAGACACUGAGUAGCAAUGUAAACCUAGACAGUGUGGUAACUACAACCGCUACAAGUAGUGCUACUGACGUCACUGAUCGUGGAACUUGGAUCAGCACCAACAAGAAGAAUGUCGCUUCUUCCCUGACUAUAGCCAAAGCGACGACAGGCACAACCACAAGUGGUGCCACAGCAUCCACUCUCUCUGUGCUCUUGCUCCUUCCUCUCUAUAUCAUCAGUGUAUCAACGAUGUUUUAAAAUCUGAUAUGUGAUAUAUCGCAUUAUUUAUUAUUGUAACUCUUGUACAUUUUAAUAGUAUGAAAUAAACGGUUAAAAUUUU